AUGUCUUAUUUCUGUCCGCAGGCCAACAACAUGAAUAACUGUAUAAAUUCUAGUUCUGAACAUAACUUUUACAUUGUUGCUUUCUCAAUGUCUUCAGUGCGACAACUUGGGCUAUUUUUCAGCUUAUUGAUCAUUUAUCUUUUGGCUUUUUUGGGGAAUUUAACAAUAAUUAUUCUGAUAUGCCUGGUACCAAAAUUACACACUCCAAUGUAUUUCUUCCUGUGUAACCUUGCCAUUGUAGAUAUCACAUCUAUUACUACUUGUGUUCCUAAGUUUCUUUCCAUCACACUAACCCAAGAUCAUAGAAUUUCUUUUGCUGGCUGCGUGACUCAGUUGUUUUUUUUCAUCUUAUGUGCUGAUGGGGAAAUUUUCAUCCUCACGUCAAUGGCCUAUGACCGCUAUGUGGCCAUAUGUAAGCCCCUACAAUAUUAUAUAAUAAUGAGAAAGAACGUAUACAUUGUAAUGGCGGCCUCCACUUGGAUAGUUAGCACUUUGAAUUCCCUAUCGCAGGCUAUACUUACUUCUAUAUUAGAAUUCUGUAAUUCAUACAAUAUCAAUAAUUUCUUCUGUGAUCUGAAUUCGGUCAUUGUUCUCUCCGUUACAGAUCUUACAAGUAGGAAUAUUGUUAUGUUUUUUGAAGCUGUCUUUAUAUCCCUUGUACAAUUUCUGCUCACUAUAAUUUCAUAUACUUAUAUAUUUUCCGCCAUCUCGAAGAUCCGUACCUCUGCAGGACGGAUGAAAGCUUUCUCCAGCUGCACCUCCCACCUCAUCAUAGUUGUAUUGUUCUAUGGACCCCUUCUAUUCUUGUACCUGAAACCCGAAUCUGAAGAUACUAAAGAACAGGACAAAUUGCUUUCUGUGCUUUAUCUUGUUGGGGUUCCCUUGUUAAAUCCUCUGGUCUACAGUCUAAGAAAUAAAGAAGUUUGGGGUGCUAUUGUAACAUUUAUUAAAUGA